AUUCCUUCGAGUGUUAAAUCAAACGUUGACAACACUUUUUUUUUUUUUUUUAAUGAACUAUUUUGUACUUUGUAUUAGUGGGUCAACUUUUCUCGUCAAUAAAUGAACUGAUGAAUCUGAAUAGACAGAUUGAUCAAAUAGCUGGGGAAGAAGAUCAGAAGAUCCUCUCUCAAACUCAAGCCUUGCAGGCGUUGUUCUUUAUCUUGCAUGACACUUGAAUAUUUCAUCAAUCACGCAGGUUAGAUGAUGAGUUGGUUUUUGAAAGAAAGCAAACGGCAGAAAGAGGAAAAACGGCAGAGAGGGGAAAGAUUUCUGUUGAAUGGUAAAACAUUAUUGAAAGAGUUGAUUGCGUCUUCUAAUGGUAAGUAUAAUCAAUAUCGUAGCUUCACUGAUAAAGAGAUCAAGAUAGCAACAAACAACUAUGAUCAACAGAAUAUUAUAUUAACACAAGGUUGGUAUUCAUUGUAUAGCGGUUUUCUACAAGAUCGACUGGUUUCUGUUUUGAAUUUUUCAGAUAAGUGUACCAAAUAUAGUAUUAAUAGCAUCGUAUUUGCAUCGCAAAUGAGACACAAAUUUUUUUUGAAGUUGAUUGGAUGUUGUUUAGAGACUGAAGCUCCCAUUCUAGUUUUUGAACAUGUGGAGUAUGGAACUCUUGCUGAUCGUAUUUAUCGUUCAAGUGAACAGCAUUUCGAGCCUUUGUUAUUGACACAUAGGUUAAAGAUUGCUAUGGAGAUAGCUAAUGCAAUUGCGUAUCUCCAUUUUGGGUUCUCUCGACCCAUUAUUUUUAGAUCAAUCAAGCCAAACAAUAUUGUGUUCACUGAACAAUAUGUUGCCAAAUUGUUUGAUUUUUCAAACUCCAUCGCUAUUCCAGAAGGUGAAACUCACCUAGAAGAUAGUUCAAUGGUAGGAACAUAUGGAUUUAUGGCACCUGAGUACGCUAUCACACGAAAAUGCAAUGAAAAGGUGGAUGUCUAUAGCUUUGGUAGAAUUCUACUUGUGCUUUUGACUGGUCUCAAAUCACAUCAGCCUUCCAGUUGGCCUACUGAAACUCAUUUUGAUGGGCCUUUGGAGCGUGAUGAUUCUCCCAUUAGGCCUACUGAAUAUCAUUUUGAUGGGCCUUUGGAGCGUGUUGUGAAAAAAUACAUUGAGCAAGAGAGGUUUACUGAGUUAGUUGAUCCCAUAGUUGUUGGUUCUGGACUAUCUCUCGAAAAAGAAGAGCAAUUGCAAGCAUUUGCAGAGCUUGCCUUUAAAUGUCUCUCUCAUUCAGCCGUAGACAGGCCAACAAUGAUUGAUGUAGCAAAACAACUUAGGCACAUUUAUAAAUCUACUUGUCAAUUAAUGUCUUAAUUUAUGUACUCAUUAUUACAAAGACGUAAAUUUUAAUGCAUUUAUGAAGAUAGAGAAUGCCCUUGUA